UAAAUCACGGAAAAACGAAAAGAAAAACGGAUUGCGUGCACUCCAACAUCGUUUUCGGCCACCCUUUCCGGAACAAUUUAUAUCGGAGAUGCAAAACCAAGCCGUGUUGCUUUGGGCCAAACAUCUUGUGGGUUGCUUUCUGGUUUCCUCUCCAGUGGAAGCGAGGCCGAAACCUUCUCUAUCUCGCAUCUCUCUCUCUCUCUCUCUCUCUCUCUCUCUCUGACAUAAAACAACACAGUCCACGAAUUUAUUAUCAAAAUUACCCGUUCUUCUUCUCUCACCGAUGAAGUUGGAGAGCGUGCUUCAGUUUCUUGAGAACAAGACCAUCUUGGUCACCGGUGCUGCUGGGUUUCUUGCCAAAAUAUUCGUGGAGAAGGUCCUGAGGGUUCAGCCAAAUGUGAAGAAUCUCUAUCUUCUCUUGAGAGCUGCAGACGCAAAAUCAGCCACGCAGCGCCUCCACAGCGAGGUGUUUGGGAAGGACCUGUUCAGAGUGGUUAAGGAAAAAUAUGGUCCGGACUUCAGCUCACUGAUAUCAGAGAAGGUGACCGUUGUUGCUGGGGACAUCACUGGUGAGGAUUUGGGCGUGAUGGACUCGGAUUUGAGAGAGCAGAUGUUGGCUCAAAUUGACGUGGUCAUCAAUUUAGCCGCGACCACCAACUUUGAUGAAAGGUAUGAUGUCGCACUGGGUGUCAAUACAUAUGGAGCAAAAUAUGUGACAGAGUUUGCCAAGAAAUGCUCCCAACUAAUGGUUCUUGUCCAUGUCUCAACAUCUUACGUGUGCGGCGAAAGGGCAGGGCUUAUAAAGGAGAGUCCGUAUCGGAUGGGGGAGACGCUGAAUGGGGUCGCCGGGCUGGACAUUGAUGCGGAGAAGAGAAUUGUGGAGGAUAGGUUGGCUGAACUGAGAAGAGAGGGAGCUUCCGAGAAGGAAACUAGAGUGGCCAUGAAGCAGUUGGGCCUCAAAAGGGCGAAGAUGUAUGGAUGGCCAAACACGUACGUAUUCACAAAGGCGAUGGGAGAGAUGCUGGUGGGGGAAUUGAAAGAGGACAUCUCCGCCGUCAUCGUCCGCCCGACCAUCGUCACCAGCACUUACAAAGAACCCUUCCCAGGUUGGGCCGAAGGAGUCAGAACCGUGGACACCCUAGCCGUGGGUUAUGCCACCGGAAAAUUGACGUGCUUUCUCGGCGACACGAAUGGGGUUGUGGACACGAUACCGGCGGACAUGGUGGUGAACUCAAUGUUGGUGGCGAUGGUGGCACACGGGAAUCAACCGUCCACUGACGCGAUCUAUCAGGUGGGAUCGUCGUCCAGGAAUCCAGUGCGAUACUCGAGCCUUCAAGACUACGGGGUACGUUACUUCACCAAGAACCCGUGGAGGAACAAGGACGGGAAGCCCAUCAAAGUCGGCAAGGUCACCGUGCUUAAGAGCAUGGCUAGCUUCCACAGAUACAUGGCCAUUCGUUACCUCAUGUGGUUAAAGGGAUUGGAAUUGGUAAAUACGGCAUUCUGCCAAUCUCUGAAUGGCACGUGCAGCGAUCUCAACAAGAAGAUUAACUUCGUGAUGCGGCUCGUGGAACUUUACAAACCUUAUUUAUUCUUCAAGGGCAUCUUCGACGAUACGAACACGGAGAAGCUGCGAGCGGCGGCGAGAGAGAGCGGAAGCGUGGAGACCGACCUAUUUUACUUUGACCCCAAGUGUAUAGACUGGGAAGACUACGUCAUGAAUACUCACAUCCCUGGAAUUGUUAAAUACGUCUUCAAAUGAUUCUUCCCGACGAAACGACGUCGUUCAACAUGUUACCGUCCCGAUUGAUUCGUGCUUUCCAUUCCCAAAAAAACAUUUUCUAGGUAUAAUGUUGUUUUGCAAAGCGAGUUGUUGUGUGGUUUCAUAAUUUCUACUGUCGUAACCAUUUGUACGUUGGUGUCCAAGAAGCAACGAAUCAUCAACCAAAAUGUACUGAAUGUUUUACUAUGUUCUCACUUAUUUCUGAGUUUAAA